GUCAAAAAAAUAAUGGCGGUGGCACUUGUUAGUUCGGCUCGUCAGGUGGGGAGGCUAACAAAUGCUGCUCGAAGACUGUACUCUGAUUAUCCUAAAAUAACAACACACUAUACGAUACACCCCAGGGAUAAGGAUCCAAGAUGGAAAGAGGUAAAUAUGGAGCGUAUAGCAGAGGAGACGGACAUCCUCAUCAUCGGAGGAGGCCCGGCAGGCAUGGCUGCAGCUAUCAGGGCUCGGCAGAUUGCAGAAGAAAAGGGAGCUGAAGUUCGGGUAACUCUGCUAGAGAAAGCAGCAGAAGCCGGUGGUCACAUACUCUCAGGGGCUUGUGUUGACCCCAUAGCCCUUAAUGAGCUCAUUCCCGACUGGAAAGAGAAGGGGGCACCAAUGAACACAGAAGUCACUGCGGACAAGUUCGGUCUACUGACUAAGACCGGAAGGAUACCUAUUCCUGUAUUCCCAGGUCUCCCGAUGUGGAAUCAUGGCAACUACGUAGUAAGAUUAGGUCAUCUGGUGCGCUGGAUGUCUGAGCAGGCUGAAGCUGCUGGUGCUGAGAUCUGGCCAGGCUGUGCAGGCGCCGACCUCAUUUACCGCGACGAUGGAUCGCUCAAAGGCGUAGCGACGGGUGACGUGGGCAUCGCUAAAGAUGGCAGCCCCAAAGACAUGUUUGAACGAGGCAUGGAGUUCCACUCAAAGAUCACCAUUUUCACUGAAGGUUGCCAUGGACAUCUAACAAAGAUGCUUUCUAGCAAAUACAAUCUGAGGGAGAAGAGUGAGCCACAAUCAUACGGUAUCGGACUGAAAGAACUGUGGGAAGUGAAGCCUGAGAACCACAAACCCGGUCUAGUAGAGCACACCAUCGGCUGGCCGCUCGACAAGAACACAUACGGGGGCUCGUUCAUCUACCACCUCAAGGUGGACGAGGGCGAAGCACCCUUAGUGGCCGCAGGCUUCGUGCUCGGGUUGGACUACUCUAACCCCUACAUCAGCCCCUUCAGGGAGUUCCAGAAGUUCAAGACCCAUCCGUACAUCAGUGCUAUGUUUGAAGGCGGUACCCGCGUGGCGUACGGCGCGCGCGCCUUGGUUGAAGGCGGCUGGCAGUGCCUCCCAGUCCCGGUGUUCCCCGGCGGCAUGCUGGCGGGCGACACGGCCGGCUUCCUCAACGUGCCGCGCAUCAAGGGCACGCACAACGCCAUGAAGAGCGGUAUGUUAGCCGCGGAGGCAGCUAUGGAUCUCAUUAUCUCUGGGGAGGCGACACACGAUAAGGGAGUGGUCCCCACGCAGUAUGAAGAGAGCUUGAAGAGUUCUUACGUUUACAAGCAACUGAAGGAAGUACGCAACUGCCGGCCGUCGUUCCACACGUCGCUAGGCUUAUACGGUGGCGUUGCCUAUUCUGCCUUCUCUACACUCGUGAAGGGCAAGGAACCUUGGACCUUCAGCCAUGGGGGCGCUGACCACGCCAAGUUGAAGCCAGCGAAAGACUGCAAACCUAUCGAGUACCCCAAACCGGACGGAGUCCUUACUUUUGAUCUGCUCUCAUCGGUGGCGCUCACAGGAACAAACCACGAGGCGGACCAACCAGCACACUUGACGCUGAAGGAUGACUCAGUACCAAUUAAGCAGAACCUCGCCGUGUUUGACGGACCAGAGGCCAGGUUCUGUCCUGCAGGCGUUUACGAAUUUGUCCCCAUGGAGUCGGGAGAGGGUCAAAGGUUGCAGAUCAACGCACAAAACUGCAUUCAUUGUAAGACAUGCGACAUCAAAGACCCGUCUCAGAACAUCAACUGGGUGGUGCCUGAGGGUGGUGGCGGUCCCGCCUACAACGGCAUGUAAACACUAACAAAUAAAAUAUCGACGUGGCAUCUAGAAAUAUAAAUCUUGACGGAAAAUAACACAAUAUUAGUCGAAAUCAUAACCGAUUACAGAGCAUUAGAAGUUCUCUUUCGUAGUCGAUAUAGGUAUCGAAAUACGAAUGGAAUCCUAAGACUUCAAAAACCAUGGACAACGUUGGUCGCGCUCAAAUUAGACCAUAAAAAACUGGUCAAGUUGAUUGUUUUAUAAAUAAAAAGAAAACAUUCAAACAGGAAUAUACUAUCGGGGAUUUGUAUGUACUUAUACUUACUUUCCUCGAUACUAACAAUUUCAAUUAUUUUGAAAACCGUCAUCCGUAAACUUUCAAACUUCUACUAUUUUAGAGAACCAUGUCGAAAAUAACGUGAUACGUGCUGCUAUUAGUCUGAGAUUCAUCAUUACUUCCUAAUUUGUUACUGGGAAAGGACCAAUUCAAAAUCAAUCAUCACAUUUUUAUUAAAAGCCAUAAUAUUGGUCUACAGGUCUACUUGGCAUCAAUAGUAACCAUUUAUCCAUUUAUAGCUCAAAAAAUAAUUGUAAAUAAUUGAAACAUGUUUGUAUGUUAAUAUUUUUGAUAUGCAAAGUACCUAUUUAAUUUUUGAGGCCUUUUAUUGUUAAACUACAGAAUUAAGUUUAAAUAAUUUUGUACAAAUGUUACAUAGAAAUUCAUAAUAAGUGCAAAUUUUCUUGUUCAUCCUUGUCAUAUUGUUUAUAUCUCAUACAACAAUCAGUUAUCAAAAUAAAUAAAAUUUUACCAAAAUGAACGAAUAAUAAGUGUGUGUAUGGAAGUCAUUGCGUAGUGUGCGUGGCAGGUGAAAAUCAUACUAGCAAGUAAGUGUUAAUUUUAUACAAAGAUUUACCUGUAAUAAAUUAUAUUUUAAAAGUUA